AACAUCGGGACGCGCGUGGCCAACCUGCCCCUGGUGAGCUCAGCUUACGACAUGGUGUCCUCCGCCUACACCUGCACCAAGGAGAGCCACCCCUACGUGCGCUCCGUCUGCGAUGUGGCUGAGAAGGGCGUGAAGACGCUGACGGCGGCAGCGGUGAGCGGGGCCCAGCCCCUCCUCACCCGGCUGGAGCCCCAGAUUUCUUCUGCCAAUGAAUUCGCCUGCAAAGGGCUGGACAAGCUGGAGGAGAAGCUGCCCAUCCUGCAGCAGCCCCCCCAGAAGAUCAUCUCAGACACCAAACUGCUGGUGACCUCCACGGUGACGGGGGCCAGGGAUGUGCUGACCAGCACCGUGGCCGGGGCCAGGGAUGCAGUGUCCAACACCAUGGCCGGAGCCAGGGAUGCAGUGUCCAGCAGGAUGGCAGGAGCCAAAGAUGCAGUGUCGGGCACUGUGGCUGGGGCUAAAGAUGCAGUGUCCAGCACGGUGUCUGGGGCCAGGGAUGCAGUGUCCAGUACAGUGGCCGGAGCCAGGGAUGCAGUGUCCAGCACCGUGACCGGGGCCAAGGACGCAGUGACCAGCCGAGUGACCGGUGUGAUGGACAUGACCAAAGGAGCAGUGCAGGGUGGCAUGGAGAUGACCAGGUCAGCGGUCAGCAGCGGUGUCAGCACCGUGGGCCAGAUGGUGGCCAGCAGGGUGGACUCCAUGCUGGGCAAGUCGGAGGAGCUGGUGGACCAUUACCUGCCCUUGACAGACGGGGAGCUGGCCCAGCUGGCCACGGCCGUGGAGGCACAGCCCCACCGCGGGUGCUGCCUCCGCAGGGACGGGACACGGGACAAGACCAAGGACAUCGGCUACGGUGGGACAGAGUGA